UAGGACGUUUUCUUCAAAAAAACCAAGACAAAAAGGUCCUAUGGAUCAUUUUUUCACUCCUAAUGCAGAGAUGGUUGUUCAAAAUCAAAGGAGUGGAAAGAUGAAUCAAACUACCAUCAAUGAUGCCUACAAAAAGGAAGCAAGAGAAAGAGUUUGCACGCUUAUCACAAGAUGGAUGUAUGAGGCCGCUAUUCCAUUUAAUGCAGUCACAUAUCCGAGUUUCCAACCAAUGAUUGAGGCUAUUGGCCAAUAUGGUGUGGGUAUGAAGGGACCAACUUUUCAUGAGGUAAGAGUUACUAACCUUAAGAAAGAAUUGGCUCUCACAAAAGAUUUGAUGAAAGAUCAUAUGGUGGAAUGGGGGAAAAAUGGAUGUUCACUUAUGUCGGAUGGAUGGACCGAUAGGAAAGAGAGAACUUUGGUGAACUUUUUGGUUAAUUGUUCAAAGGGAACCAUGUUCAUGCAAUCCAUUGAUGCUUCUUCAAUGAUUAAGACGAGAGAAAAGAUGUUUGAGUUACUUGACAAAUGGGUAGAGCAAGUUGGUGAAGAGAAUGUUAUUCAAGUUAUAACAGAUAAUCACUCAAGUUAUGUGAUGGCAGGGAGGUUGUUAGAAUUAAAGCGUCCACAUUUGUAUUGGACACCAUGUGCUGCACAUUGCCUUGACUUGAUGUUGGAAGAUAUUGGAAAGCUACUAAACAUCAAGAGGACAUUGGAGAGGGCUAUAUCACUAAAUGGGUAUAUUUAUAAUCGCUCAGGGCUACUCAACAUGAUGAGGCGGUUUACUGGACAAAGGGAAUUGCUUAGGCCUGCUAAGACUCGGUUUGCAACUGCUUUCAUCACAUUAUCGCGAUUGCAUGAACAAAAAAACAAUUUGAGGAAGAUGUUUACAAGCUCAGAUUGGUCAGAUAGUAAAUGGGCAAAAGAGUAGAAGGGGAAAACUAUAGCCAACAUAGUUCUAAUGCCUUCAUUUUGGAACACUAUUGUGUUUUGCUUAAAGGUUUCGGGUCCCCUAGUUCGUGUGUUUCGUUUGGUUGAUGGUGAAAAAAAAGCUCCUAUGGGAUACAUCUAUGAGGCCAUGAAUAGAGCUAAGGAUGCAAUUGUGAGAAGUUUUAAUGGAAAUGAAGAGAAGUACAAAGAAAUCUUCAACAUCAUUGAUAAGAGGUGGGAGAUUCAGCUUCAUCGGCCUUUGCAUGCAGCAGGGUACUUUUUGAACCGGGAAUUCUUCUAUGAUAAGCCAGAAAUAGAGCAUGAUGCCGAGAUUAUGAGUGAUUUGUAUAAAUGCAUCUUAAGGCUAACAAGAGACCCUGCUAAGCAAGAAAAAGUUGUGGCCAAAGUGAGUUUGUUCACAAAUGCCCAAGGACUAUUCGGGAAUGAGUUAGUUGUUAGGACAAGAAAGACUAGAGCACCAGGUUAGUUAUUUAAAUGAUUAGAUUGUAUUUUUGCUAAAAUAGGUGAAUUGUUUCACUAAAUUGUUAAUAUCUAUACUACAGCUGAAUGGUGGGUUGCAUAUGGAGCUUCAGCUCCAAAUUUGCAAAAGUUUGCAAUGAAAGUCCUCAACUUAACAUGCAGUGCAUCAGGUUGUGAACGGAAUUGGAGCAUCUUUGAGAAUGUGAGUGACCAAAUCCAAAAUAAUUACAAGUAAUAGUCUAAUAGAGUCUUGAAUGUAACUUAAAAGUUAAAAUUUUAAAAUAUAUUUAUGAGCUUAUGAAUUUUUGCAGAUUCAUAGCAAGAGGAGAAAUAGGUUAGAUCAUCAACGCUUGAAUGAUUUGGUGUACAUCAAGUAUAAUCGAGCCUUGAAGAGAAGAUACAAUGAACGUAACACCAUUGACCCAAUUUCCUUGAAAGAUAUAGAUGAUAGCAAUGAAUGGUUAAUAGGGAGAAUGGAAGAUGAGGAUUCUCAUGGAGGUGCACAAGAUGAUUUUGUAUUUGAUGAUGACAAUUUGACAUGGGGUGAUGUUGCUGGAGUUGCUGGAGCUGAGGAGGCCAGGUUUAAUACUAGAGCUAGAGCUAGAGCAAGCUCAAGCAUAAUACCACCAACAAGGGGGAUAGCUUCAAGUUCUAGAACUUUGCCUUCUUAUUCACUAAUAGAUGAAGAUGAAGAUGGAGACAUGGUUGAUUCAGCAGAUGAAGAAGAUGGGGAAGGCUACAAAUGUGGUGAUGGAAAUGAUGAUGAUGAUGAUGAUUUUGUUGAUUUAGAGGAGGAGUGAUGAUUGCUUGUUGUGGACAAAUUUGUGAUUUAAGUGUUUUUUAAUGAUGUUUUUGAAUUGUGGACAAAUUUCAUGUUUUGGACCUUUAGGUUUGGAAACUUUGGAUUUGGAUAUGUAUUAGGCAAUUAGCAAUA